CUAUAUGCCAGCCGGAGGAGCCCACCCGGGAAUCCCACCGGGCCAGAUUCAUCCCAUGCAGAUGCCGCCCAGCAUCACUCUAAUGGACCGUCGGCCGCCACAUGACUACCUGCCCAUCGCCGUGCUCACCACCGUCUGCUGCUUCUGGCCGACAGGCAUCAUUGCGAUCAUCAAAGCAGUGCAGGUGCGUACGGCGAUAGCCAGAGGGGACAUGGUGACAGCGGAAAUAGCCUCCCGCGAGGCGCGCAACUUCUCCUUCAUCAGCCUGGCGGUCGGCAUCGCCUCCAUUGUGCUGUGCACCAUCCUCACCGUGGUGGUCAUCAUCGCCUCGCAGCACCACGACGACGACUGGGAGCCGUAACUCCACCCAAACGGGGGAAAUCAUGGCAUAUAUUAGGCUAGCUAACUACUCUCAAUUGUUUUGGAGGAUAUAGGAACACUGAACAUGCACUCAAACUGCUACUGCUUGCUGGCACUUUGUGUACAGCUCCACACACACACACACACACACACACACACAGAUCUGACCUAACCUGCUGCCAUCAAACACGCACCAACAACCAAAAAAAACCCCCACAACCAAUCACAGCUGACACUCAAACACCAAUACAUGUGUGCCAAUACAAGCAGCUGUCAAAUGAGGCCCAGCAUUUGCUGUUAGCAUAGCGACCGCUUAAUAUUUACACACAGGUAUGAGCUGCAGGAGGAAAACAAAAGCUCCUCGCAUUAACUAUUCAUUUGACGCUGAUUAAUUCAUACGGCCUUCGCUGAUGUGGCUAGAUGAGAGGAUAGGUCACUGUGUGUUUCAGUUUUUAAACGUCUCAACAAUAAAAACAGACUCUCACAGUCGCUGAAGUUAAAGACACCACAUUCAAAGACUUUUUUUAGGAUAGUUAAAUGCACAUUUUUAGUGUUACGAGCAGGAGUAUACAUGUGCUUUCUUCUUUAAAUACAAAAAAAGUGCCAUGUGUUGAUUUACAGAGUAGUAUUAUUAUUGACACUCGAAUAAGAGACUGUCAGACUGAUUUAAAGUGUUAGAGGCGGUGAUCAAUACACAUUUAACACACCAAAUGGAGACUGGACUUAACAAAGUGACUAUCUAACCAAACAAACACAGAGUAUUUAUUUGAGACUGGUUGUUUGUAUGUUACCUGGACAUUUUAGCUGGAUGAUGUGAUACAUAACUUAUGAAUUAUAUGUUUGUUAAUUUAUUUAAAAUCUGUUAUUUAUUAAUUUAUUCAAUAUCUACCCAUGCAUUGACUUUGUCUGCUAAAAUUUACAGUCCGUCACUAGUUUAUCGCAGCUAUCUGACAGUUUGAAUUGGCUUAAAUUUGAUAUCUUAUAUUGAUGAUGAUGAUGAUGAUAUUGCACUUUGUAGUAACAAGAUGAGAUGACGCAGCCGCUUAGAUUCAUAGUUCUUAUAGUGCAUGAUAAAUAGAAAUUUAGGCUAAUGGGCUUUUAGUGCAAAAAUAUCUUGUCUCCCAGCUGUCGGUGGGAAUAUUUCCUAAAAUUUCUAUUAGUGUGUGGUACAGUAUUUUUCAAAAUGUUGAAAUGUCAAAACAAGAAAAAGGAGAGGCUUUAGAUGACAAGUAUUUGAGUCUUGGGUCGGCAGAUAUUGUCUUUACGAGUAUUUUAGAGGUGUAUCAGCCUAUUUUGUGUUGCACAUCUCUUAGCUAUUUAAUCUCAGACACUGUAUAUGAAACUUUAGUGCAACGUUAGACUUAAGAGGCAACAUAACCCUGCAUGUCAUCCUCAGUUUGUUUCCAUUUAGUCAUAAAUAUUGAGGCUAGAUGUGCGGCUGUGAGCUCCCGUUAGCUGUUGUUUCACUGUUGUUCUGCAGCUGGUUGGGUUUCUCCCCCUCCAUUAAUGUAGCGUAGCUCUGAGCUGAUGUUUUCUAUGAGCCAACAUGGCUGUAACGUUACAGUAUGAACUGUGUUGUGAGGUUUAAGGAGUAACGGGAGAACUGAAAAUGAAUGUUUCCUAAAGGAGAGAGGGAAAAUACUAAAUGCCUAUAUUGUAUUGUAGCACUUUCUGCUCUAUGAAAUCUUUCCUCUGGUUCCCUUUCUCUCUCUUUCUGUCUUUCCCCUGUUCACAUGAGUUAUUGGACCUACUAACAUAUCUCUUCUGCCCCCCCCCAUUGGUCCCUAUGAUAAUGCUAUUUUUAAAAGAAUUAUACAGAUGUAUUAAAAAAACCCGAAAAUUAUGUUUGUCGACACUCAAGACGAAUAGAGACAUAUAAAUACAGCUUAUGCCAUAGUUUAUUCUUUAACAAAUAAAUAAAUAUAUUAUUAUUAUUAUUA